GUGGCGGCUGCUCUUGAGCGACGAAGACCCGAGCGACGUCGGCGAUCUGCAACGAACGCUGGACGCCGAGUGGCGCGGCUUUUUGCGCCUCAACCUCGUGGGCGUCAGCAACGUCUUUAACAAGAUGUGGGCCUCGCUCGGGCCGCGUCUGGACGCCGUCAAAGGCGAUGCCAAGGUGCAGUCGUUUCUGAAGAAACUCAACUCGACAUCGCUCGCCGCCGAGACAACGCAAAUCGCUGCUGUGCUCGUGCUGCUACACAAAAUUGAUCUCGCGACCGAAACGACCUCUGACGAGCGCGUGUUCAUGGACGUCUUUGCCACGAUGUUCACCGAGAUGGCACCCGCGCUCGAGGACGCCGUCACGAUGCCCUAAUCUCGACGUCUGCAUUCUUUAAAGCCAUAAUAUUGGGCGAUUAUCGCCCAAACCGUCGCGGGAGGGUUAACUACUUGCAAAUUUACAAUCUUGCGGGUGACG